UCUUCCACAGUCUUCGUUUUCCAGAAACUUGAUUUGCUCUCCGAGGUGUGCUUGGUUCGACCUCUAAUAGAUCAAUCUGAUUGUAGAUUCCCUUUCGCUUAUUCGUUCGGUACUGUUAAUGGUGUUUUGAUUCAGUAAAGUUGAUAACUUUGGUUUUGUAAAGCAAGUUCGAGAAAGGGGAUCGCAAAGUACAUUCACAAAAAUCUCUCGAACUCAAAAUCAUGGACUCCAUAGAACAGUCUAUCAUCCCAGGCUUACCCGACGAUUUAGCUUUAAGAUGCAUAGCGAAGCUCUCUCACGGCUACCACGGAGCCCUCGAGUGCGUCUCCAGAGGGUGGAGAGACUUACUCCGCAGCGCCGAUUACUCCUCCUUCAAAUCCAGAAACGGAUGGUCCGGCACUUGGCUGUUCGUUCUCACCGAACAGUCCAAGAACCAGUGGGUUGCUUACGACCCCGAAGCUGAUCGGUGGCAUCCUUUGCCUAGAACCAGAGCUGUUCAAGACGGAUGGCAUCACUCUGGCUUUGCCUGUGUCUGUGUUUCGAAUUGUUUGCUUGUGAUUGGGGGUUGCUACGCGCCGUCAGUGUCUUCGUUUCCUCAUCAGAAGCCUGUUGUUACUCGAGAUGUUAUGAGGUUUGAUCCGUUUAAGAAAGAGUGGAGGAUGGUUGCUAGUAUGAGGACGCCGAGGACUCACUUCGCUUGUUGUGCUGUCUCUGGCAAGGUUUAUGUUGCUGGUGGUCGUAAUCUAACGCAUUCCAGAGGGAUUUCAUCUGCUGAGGUUUAUGAUCCUGUUGCUGAUAGGUGGGAGGAGUUACCAGCGAUGCCUAGACCACAGAUGGAUUGCUCGGGGUUAUCUUACAGAGGGUCGUUUCAUGUUUUGAGUGAUCAGGUUGGGUUCGGAGAGCAAAGUUUCUCUGAAGUGUUUGAUCCUUUAGAGAUGAGCUGGUCAACCGUGGAGGAUAUCUGGCCUUUCUCCAGAGCCAUGCAGUUUGCUGUUCAGGUGAUGAGAAACGACAGAGUGUACACGAUUGUGGAUUGGGGAGAGAGUUUGAUCAAGACGAGGGAUACAGAGGAAGGACAAUGGUACAAUGUUGGUUCGGUUCCGUCUGUUGUUCUCUCUAAUCACCCGAGAGAGUUAGAGGCCUUUGGAUACGGCUUCGCGGCUCUGAGGGAUGAGCUCUAUGUUAUAGGAGGGAAGGUACUUAAAUGGGAAGAAUCAGGGGCAGGGAGGUUUGACAUUGUGAGAUUGUCUGUCGUGAGGGUGUGUAACCCUUUGGAUAUGCCUCUGAAUUGGAGAGAGACCAAACCGAUGUGCAGUCCAGCCGGUGGGUCCAUCACUGGUUGUGUAUCCUUGGAAGAAUCUUCUCCCCCUUAACCGAGGCGAUAGAAUCUCUCUGGAUGCAUUUAUAUAGUUACAGUGGAUGCUUCAACUGUGGACAUGGUUAGAAGAGAAAUCUAGUAAAGGAGGGGCCAUGGAAAAGACUUGGUUUUCACAAACAAGUAUCUGCUUUAAGCUUUUUUUUCACAAACAUGUAACUUUGCCAUUCUAUUUGGGCAUUACUACUGCAUAAGUCUUGCAUCGCUUGUGGAUAAGAUAAGAAGAGCAAAAUUAGCAUAUAUUUAUUUUCAUGGCAGCUUGGAUAUUAAAAUUAUAGCCUUGCGUGCUGCUUUGCUGUCUAUUAUGGUGGUUGCUUAUCUUCAAGAGGUGUAUCAUGUGUAUGAACACGUUAAAGAUUAUAUGAGAGUGAUGCAUAUAGUUUGCUUCU